AUGGUCGACGCUUUUCACAACGAGAGCGGGCUUUUCUCAACGGCGCCUCGGCCGGUUCGCAAGAAAUUCGCAAAACCUCCCGUCAAGGUAGCUUGUUUGCCUUGCCGCGCCUCGCGAACCCGAUGUGGUGGGCAGGAGCCAUGCUCAAAUUGUCUAGCCAAAGACCGCAAAUGCUCUUAUCUACCUAGCAAACGGGGUGGGCCUCGCAAGAAGAAGCAAAGGCCCUCCCUGUCUCCCGAGGAAGAGUCGCAGCACGAUGAUACCCAAUACGCUGCUGCCGAGGAAUUUGACGAGCCCUCGGACAUGUUUACGCAAAUCGAUGUGCUCUCUUUACCAGGCGCAGGAUUGAGACAUCUUGAUUUCCCUCAGAUGUCCCCCGUAUUUCAGAGUUAUUUCACUGACGGUGCAGUCCCAUCUCACGUUCCCUUGGGACUGCUACCGACAUCAGAAAUGGGCGACGCCCAGUGCGUUGUACGGACCUAUGGAAGUGAGCUGGAAAUAUUAAAUGCUUACUAUGACUUUAUUCAUAAUUAUUUCCCAAUACUGCCUCCGCGGGUAGCUCCGCCAUGCCAGGAUAGGCCGCUUCGAUAUCCAAUUUCUUCAUCCAGUCCGUCAGCUGAGCCUCUGAUGAUGUACCGGCCUCGAUCACCUUUGAGUCUCUCUAUAUCAGCUGUCCUGGCAUUGAUUCCGCAUCCUGAUGAUCCCCAUCCAUCUUCGCCUGCAUCGGUCAUUCAGCGCAGAGUUUACGCUCAAAAGUUCGCGCAGCUAGCCAGCACGAUUAUUGAAACAGAGUGUGACCUUGAUCUUUCAUCAACUGACCCCGGACAAGCUCUAUCAAGUCAACGGCCGUCAGUGAAUAGGAAUAAACUGCAUCCUAAUGCUCCAGAGGAUUUAGAAACACUUCUGUCAUUACUCAUUCUUUCGGUCUACGAAUAUACUCAACGAGGCAAUCUACUCAAAAUGAGAUUUCGGGCAGGCCAAGCCUUGGCCCUGGCCCUGGAUAAGUCACUUCAUGAUUCUCAUAUUGAGGACGAGUUCUCUGAAGCUCGCCGAAGAGCAUGGUGGAUGACCUACUAUUGUGGUUUACAGGGUGCUAUCGUGAGCACAACUCCACCAACUAUCGUUAUUAAUGACCCUCAAUUUACAACCCCGUAUCCACGGUUUUCUUCUGAUGCUGAGGGCUGGUCUAUUUUGAUACAAGCACAACAAGUAUUAGUAUCGGCAACUCAAUUCAUCGCGGAUUUGAACAAGUGCUUUUCUUCACAAUCGGGCCUACAAUACAUGUUUGAGCGAAUGCAACAACUUGAUUCUUGGACAAACUCUGUACUUGCACAAACCGAAAUAUUGCCGAUCUUAUCUCAUGAGCCAGCUUUUGGUGACAACCAAGAAAUUAUCACAGCUCAAAGUAUACGCAUGAUAUCCAAGAUCAAGUUAUCAAGUGCCCAAAUCAAAACUCAUCGUUUCCGUGCCUUCUCCGACAUUCCGCUCUUCAUCAAACGCCACUGCGAUCUUACCGCCGCUAAUCAUACCAACUCGAACCAAGAAAUCGUGCCCAAGCAAUCUGCCUCGGGGGCUGGCAUGAACAGUGUUUCCUGCUCAUGCAGUAAUUUGAAUCAGUUCCAACGAGCAUCAUCGGCCGAGUAUAUGACUCCAUCUGAUUCAUCCACUUCAUCGGAUAUACAUCCCUACAUCCCACAAUAUCCGCAGUACCCUUUUGCGCCAGGAUUUCCCUACAGCACACAACACUCAGCUAAAGUCUGUCUUCGCGCCGCAAUCGUAAUCUCGCACAUGUUCGAAAGUCUUCCAUAUCCAGAGCCGCUCUAUGAAACACAUCAACAGGCCCAGCACGAUCGACCUCUCCCUCGGACUAUGCCUUCUUUCGCUUGUUGUUUAAUGCAGAGCAGUUACGCGAUGUUCAUGCUUUUUUACAAAGCUCGUGUUGCGAAGCAAUUUUCCACCGAUAUCCAAAGUGAACUCCCGGGCGACCCCAAUGACAGAGUACUUGAAGAACUACAGCAAGGGCUGGAGCGAAUUAUAGGCGCGGUUUCUAAUUAUUCAAGGGCUUUCGAAGCCUUGGAUGGGAUGCGAGAUGAAAUCCAAGGAGCAUACCGUACGGCGUUCCCUCAGACGACCAUUUGA